CAUUCCUCUUGCUCACACUCUCAUGCUCUCUCCAUCUUAGCGUUCAUCCCGCUGCUGCCUGCGCUCCUCUGUCUCUCACCUCCCCUUUUUACCUCUCCGUCUAUCUGUCCCUCCUCUUCUACCCCCUCCUUUAUGCCUCUCCCUCUCUUUCUCUCUCUCACUCUCAAAUUCUCUUACAUACACUCAGACACACACUCCUUCUCUCUCUUGCACACUUAUAUAUACACAAACACACACACGCCACACACAUGCUCACGCACACACUCUCGGUUCAUCAGAGCCCGACAUACCUGUGCAGCUGGGGGGGGGGAGCGCGGUGCCGGAGGGGCUCUUUGCGGCGUCGUUGUCUCUGAGGGUGCUGUGCUAUCAUUUGGGGAAGAAGCGGGUCUCAGUUGUUUUCUCUUUCCUCUUCCUCUCAUUCCUGGAAUGCUAAAACUGGACUGAUGGACAUUUCCGAACUUUGUCUUCCAGACCCUCUCAGCUAUCAUAACCAGGCUUUGUUGUCCAAAUCAUUAGAGAGAUUCCUGAGUCCCAUGGCCACGCUGGAGACCUCUCAUUUCUGGCUGCUGAAUAGAAUGGCCGCUGAUGAACGGCAUCUACCGUCCAGCUGUGGGUCCUACAUCAAAACAGAGCCAUCCAGCCCGUCCUCGGUCAUCGACACGGUCAGCCACCACAGUCCCAGCGGAAAUUCGGACGCCAGUGGUGGCUAUGUCAGUACCAUGAACAGCCACUCUAACGGCCUGGACUCUCCACCCAUGUUCACCCCUGGUGGGCUCGGCGCAGGCUCCUGCCGCAAGCGCUACGACGAUUGCUCCAGCACCAUCAUGGAGGACUCGUCCAUAAAGUGCGAAUACAUGUUAAACUCCCUCCCCAAGAGGCUGUGCCUGGUCUGUGGAGAUAUCGCCUCGGGGUAUCACUAUGGGGUAGCUUCUUGUGAGGCCUGCAAAGCCUUUUUUAAAAGGACAAUACAAGGUAACAUAGAAUACAGCUGUCCUGCCACAAACGAAUGUGAGAUCACAAAACGGCGACGCAAAUCAUGUCAGGCUUGUCGCUUCAUGAAAUGCCUCAAAGUGGGGAUGCUCAAAGAAGGUAAGAAGAGGGUUCGUUUGGACCGUGUGCGAGGGGGCAGACAGAAGUACAAGCGGAGGCUGGACACAGAAAACAACCCAUACCUGGGCUUGACGCUCCCGCCUCCUACUAAAAAGCCUCUCACAAAGAUAGUGUCUCACCUGUUGGUGGCCGAGCCAGAAAAGAUCUACGCCAUGCCUGACCCGACCAUGCCAGAGAGUGACAUCAAGGCUCUCACAACGCUGUGUGACCUGGCUGACCGCGAGCUUGUGGUCAUCAUUGGCUGGGCCAAACACAUCCCAGGCUUCUCCACUCUCUCUCUGGGAGACCAGAUGAGCUUACUGCAGAGCGCCUGGAUGGAAAUCCUCAUCCUCAGCAUCGUGUUCCGCUCUUUGCCGUACGACGACGAGCUGGUGUACGCCGAGGACUACAUCAUGGACGAGGAGCACUCGCGGCUGACGGGUCUGCUCGACCUCUAUGUCUCCAUCCUGCAGCUGGUGCGGAAGUACAAGAAGCUCAAGGUGGAGAAGGAGGAGUUUGUGACCCUCAAAGCCAUCGCUCUCGCCAACUCAGACUCCAUGCACAUAGAAGACAUGGAGGCGGUCCAGAAACUGCAGGACGCUCUCCAUGAGGCCCUUCAGGACUUCGAGAGCAGCCAGCAUCAGGAGGACCCGCGUCGGGCUGGCAAGCUGCUCAUGACGCUGCCCCUGCUGAGGCAGACUGCAACUAAGGCUGUGCAGCACUUUUACAGCAUUAAGGUGCAGGGCAAGGUGCCCAUGCACAAACUCUUCCUGGAGAUGCUGGAGGCCAAGGUCUGAUUGGAGGUGGAGGGCUGCAACAAUAAGACAGAGAGUGACUUGAAUUGUGGCUGAGGGAUCUCAGGAGACAGAAUCGGCCAUGUGGUUUGCAAAGCAGAGACUGACAACUCCUCCUCUUUGCGGAACCUUGGGACUUUAAAUUGAAAAAAAAAAAAAAAACAAGUGGAAAACUUGGGUUAUUAGUAUAAAUAUAAAAUGAUGCAGAUUAAUUUAAAAUAUAUAAUAAAUGCUAUGUACAGUAAUAAUUUUCUUUUUGUAAUUGUCAGUGGUCAUGCUCUAUAUGAAGGACCUUCCUGCCCCUUUGCGUCUUCAGAACAAGUAGAAAGUUCCUAAAAAAAGAUUUUGUUCUGAAGAAAGCAAAGGCGUUAACAACCAUAAACAGACUUGUGUGUUGUUUUUUUGUCUGGACUUAACCAGGACAUGUAAAUAAUUGCUACUUGGAAAGCUGAGUGUACAGUUCGAAAUCCGACAAACUUGGUAACCAUGUUUUCUUCUUCUCCUCCUGCAAAAGAAAAAAAAAGUAAAAAAAAAAAGAGAGAGAAAUGAGGAAAAUUUUACCUAAAUGUGAACUCAUCAAUUAAAUGUCCUUGGAUUAAUAUACCUCUCCUGAGCAGUAAGCAGUGUGAUCUUAGUGGAUUCUUCUCAGACUGAAACACUUGCUGAAUCCAUGUUUAACCAACCUAGCAUAGGCAGGUAAAAUAGUCUUAUGUAGUAAUUCAGCAAUAAGAGGGACUGUGGGAAAGCCAUGCUUAAUUUCCAGUGUUUCAUGUGCUUUUCGUUGCUGCUGUUACCUAAAGACCAUGCCUGUUCAUAGUCAUUUUCACCUAUGUGAGUCACCACUUGUUCCCCUGUUGUACACUCAUAUUUCUCCUCGAGUGAAGAAGUUUGUGUUGGUGCUUCUCAAGCACUAAACCCCCAGAUUCAGCUGUCGCUUAAGCCUGUGGAAAUUGCUUCUUGACAUGCAAAUAGAUGACCGGAUUCAGUCCAGGUGAAAGAUAAUCAGCGGUUUCGGUGUGGAAGUUUCAAAGGAUUUAUGCUGGGUGGCAGAAGUCUAUGAGAUUCCUUGUUCAAACAAUCAGAGGCCUAUAUGUCAACCACACUAUUUUGGGCUCUUUAAGCCAGUGGGAGCAAGGUGUCCGGCAUCUGCUCUCACCAUUUUAGACAGCUUCUAUCUUUUAAUAGCGGCGCCUGCAUUUAUGGGGCUUCAGCUGAAUGGAGGUAAAUAGCAGGUGCAAAGCAAGAGUUUGCGGCGCUUCACACUGGGUUUAUUUUUACCCAGCAGGGGAGUGUAGGGGAUUGUCCAUACAGCCUCUGGACCAGGAGUACAAUGAACACAUGGACCACUCCUUGACCUCAUGUUGACACUGUGGCUGACGCAGAAUAACACCCUUCCCGCCAGCAUCCGUGAGAAUCUUGAUCGCCCGAUCAUGCACAUGUGAACAGCUAUGCAAGAAACAAAGUGUGCAUGCCUCAAAGGGCAACGAUGUGUCUCUGCAAGGUGUGAUCUCUGGUGGGGGGAAAAUGGUCCUGCUUCUCCCCGUGUUUAGGUCCAUUACGCUAAGUGUGAGCAAUGCUUCAGUGCCAUCCGCCGCCCUCCAUGUGCAGGGGAAUGUGCUAGUAGGGAAUGCUUAUACUGCUGUAGUGAUAAAUUGUGGCUAUGUCACAACAAUAUGAUACUGUGAUCAAAGGAAUCCCUGACAUUGCAUAGGUUAGAGUUGCGGCUACGCUUGUGAUAUCAAAGGCUAGCGGCAAUCGAGCGGUCAGCAGCUGCCUGAAUGGCCACUUAAUGGAGAAUAACUACUCCCCAGAUCAUCCUACACCUCCCUACUUGAACUACCCACUGAACAAACGCUGCUGUAGAAGGUGAAAUUUAAGUUGUUUAACUGUUGUGCAAUACAACAGGGACCAAUUCUGACUGAAAUCAUGCUAAGGGCAUGUGUUUAGACAGCAUAUUCAAAAUCUUUUUGAUAUAAAACAUUGUAAUUAGAUUUCAUGUGCACGUAUUCCAGUUAAAAUUGCAGUAAAAAGAAAGAGAUAGCAAAGAAAAAUAAAUAAAUAGAGGAAUUAAUAAUUGCAACAGUUUUUCUCCUGCAAAAUGGCACAGUAUUACAUAUAAGACUUAUAUUAUAGGCAUGGGCCAGUGUGUGUUUCAACUUGAGUAGAAAUGUCACCGUUGAAAGGUAUCAAGGUUGUAGUAAAGCAAUUUAAAACUGAAACACAUGAGACGAUCUAAAUGUUUCCUGCAAUUCCC